CCAGGACCUCAGGUGUACCUUAGUCCAUAGAACCACCGCGCCGCUAAGAUAGGAGAUGCAAGGCACUGUGACGAUGACCACCUUAUCCCUGAGACCUGCAGGGCAGUGCAAUGGGAGCUGCCUGCUCGCACCUGCCACAGCACGGCAACCACGUAUUUCUUGGUGGCGUCGGCAGCAGAGGCAAACCACGCUGCAUCGCCAGCAAAUGCAACAGUGUUCAGUGGCAACAUUACACAAUGAUAAGGUUGACGAUCGCUUGGGCAAGAAUCCAUGCAAUUUUCAUCCUUCUAUAUGGGGAGAUUUCUUCCUACACUACUACGACGCAGCAGCUUCCUCCAAACAGCAGCAGACGUGGAUGGUAGAACGAGCAGAUGAAGUGAAGCAAGACGUGGCAAAAAUAGUAGCAAGUUCAGUUGCUUGGGACCUUCAUCAUAGGCUACAACUUAUCGAUGCGCUGGAGCGUCUGUGCUUGCAUCAUUUGUUCGAAGAUGACAUUAAUGCUGCACUGACUCAAAUUAGGACAGUUAAUCUUACUGACUGUGAUCUUCACACGGUAGCUAUGUGGUUUUAUCUGCUUCGUAAGCACGGACACAGAGUUUCACCAGAUGUGUUUGUGAGGUUCAAAGAUCAAGAGGGGAGCUUUCUUGCGAAAAAUCCAGUGGAGCUAUUGAGUCUGUAUAAUGCUGCACACCUCGGAACACAUGGAGAGAUAAUACUAGAUGAAGCCGUAGUAUUUACCAGAACUCAUUUAGAAGCAAUAUUACCCUCUCUGGAAGGAUCAUUAGCACAUGAAAUCAAAUCUGCACUUGAGAUUCCCCUCCCAAGAAGGGUCCGAAUUUAUGAGUCAAAGUAUUAUAUAUCCACAUUUGAGAAAGAACUUACAGUGCAUAAGUCAGUACUGCAACUUGCAAAGUUAAACUCUAAUAUUAUGCAGUUGCAUCAUCAGCAGGAAUUGGAAAUCAUUACAAGAUGGUGGAAGGAUAUGGAGAUUGAAUCAAAGCUUCCAUUUGCACGAGAUAGAGUCGUUGAGUGCUAUUUUUGGAUAUUAGGAGUAUAUUUCGAACCAUGCCAUUCACGAGGUCGAAUUAUAUUGACAAUGGUGAUUGCUAUAGCCACCAUAUUUGAUGAUAUGUUUGAUUCCUAUGGAACUAUGGAAGAGUGCGAGCUACUCACCAACUGCAUGGAAAGAUGGGAUACAAAAUUUGCUGAUGGUCUCCCAAAGUGCAUGAAGCAUGCGCUUGGAAAAAUUUUGGAUAGCUAUGGAACCAUAGACCAUCAGCUAGCAUCGGAGGAGAAAUAUCGCAUGCCCUAUCUGAAAGACUUUACAAUCGAUCUGGUUAGAGGCUACAACACCGAGGUAAAAAUGCGUGAAGAAGGAUAUAUUCCAAGAACCGUCAAUGAGCACCUACAGGUUUCGCAAAGGACCGGGGCAUGUCACCUGUUGGCAUGCGCUUCCUUUGUUGGAAUGGACGACAUAGCAACGAAGGACUCUUUUGAUUGGGUUUCUACCAUGCCUGAAAUUGUAAAGGCACUUUGCAUAAUUUUGAGACUAUUGGAUGAUCUACAGACAUAUGAGCGAGAAAAAUUGACUCCUCAUGUUGCUUCAACCAUCAAAAGCUACAUGAAAGAGCACAGUGUCUCAAUUGAAAUUGCACGCAAGAAGAUAGAGGACUUGAAAGAGCAUACAUGGAAAGAUUUUAACCAUGAGUGGUUGAACCCUGAUAAUGCAGUGCCCAGGCAGCUACUGGAGAGGAUAUUCAACUUGACUAGGACGAUGGAGUUCAUGUACAACCUGGAUGAUAAUUUCACCCACUGUCAGAACCUCAAGGAUACCAUCCACUCGUUGUUUGUGGAGCCCUAUGCAAUCUCCUUCUAGUAAAGAUAAUUCCAACAAAUAAACAAUGUGAACCAAUGCCGAGGAAAGGAAGCCCAUAUCUACCAGCACCAUGUUCCGUGUACAAGCUUGUGAUUUUAGCCAUUGCUCGUUUGGUGUGUUGCAUGUUGGAAUAAUUCUUCAGCGUUUAGUGUGUGUGUGUGUGUGUUUCUAUUUUCUAUUGGAUUAGAGCAUGACCAUGUUCAGGCUGUGCAAAUCUAUAAGCUUGAGUUGUGCAUGUUAACAGCAGAACUGGUCUUUAGUGCUUGCAUGGUGCGACAUACCUCGACUUGCGGGAUGGCGCACAAAGAGGAGAGGCAUGCCGUGCUUCUGGGAUGGCUGGUGGCCAUGUUUGAGUCGAGUCUGUACUGUUAUUUAUAUUAUAGAGUCUGAUAAAUGCUGCCGCAUUGCAGCACAAAAACAAAA